AUGGUGUCUGUAGAAGCAACGAUCAAUUCAGACUGUGCAGGGCUCAAAACACUGCUUGCCGAAUACUUUUCUGAAGUAAAUAUGCUUGCUAAAAUCCGAGAUACAGACUCUGGAAUCACAGCAAGUAUUGUUGAAAAAGAAAAUAGACUUUCUUCAGUCACCAUUGAAGACACUCCAGAAAAACUGAAACGAAACCCAUCAUCUGAAGAAUUUCUAGAGAAGCAUUUUGAAGAGAUCUCCUUUGGUGGUUCUGCUGCAACUGAAAACUUGAAAAAAGUCGCCAGAGAAACAUUCGCUAGUAUGAUAAAUGCUACAGGUUUUGGUGUUGCAGAGGGAUGGAUUCCAGCUGUCAAAGAAAAGCACAUUUCAAUCAAAUACAAAGGAAGAGCAUUUGACCUGGAAGUUUCCUCUAUGCAAUCUCUUUCUGAAGUCAUAUCAACAGCUGAUUCAUUUUUUCUCAGCCUGUGCCUUUCAAAAUGUUGUACCGAUUUGCAGAUAAUGACUUUAUAG